CAUAGUUGCACCAUCUCGCAACGGAGAAUCGAGAAUCGUGCGAAUGAUUAUCCAUGUUUGAAAGUACAGUGUACACGUUAUCGCUCCGUUUUGUUUACGUAAGAAUCAUUUAUUCAAAAGUAACAACUAUGUUAUAUUCAAUAAAUAAUUAGCCUAUUAGAUAAUACGUUAGGAAAAUAAAUGUUAUUGCUCGACAGUUUGAUUUUUUAUUCAAUAUUUCAUCCAAAUACCAUUUGAGGUUAUAUUUCUCGUUAGAGGUUAGGAAAGGAGUUUUAGCGGUGUCGAUAGAAAAAUGAAUAAAUUACUCUCUGCUCCAAUAAAAGAGGUCAGUCAGAAAAUAAGUGUCGGUGACCUGCGUCCGUCCGACAUUACAAAAGCCACUGUCAAGCUGACAGAACUUAUUAAACCGUUAAACGCUUAUAUCACUCUCACUCAUGAAACAGCGAAGAAGGAAGCAGAAGAAUCGGAUGCUAGGCAGAAAUACAACGUGCUAUUGGGCAAGCUCGAUGGAAUUCCUAUCGCAGUCAAAGAUAACUACUGCACGAACGGUCACCUGACAACAUGUGCCUCGAAGAUGCUUUCAAAUUUUGUACCUGUAUACAAUGCGACCGUGUACCAACGUUUGAAAGACUCUGGAGCAGUUCUGAUUGGCAAGACUAAUCUGGAUGAAUUUGCUAUGGGUUCGGGAACCAUCGAUUCAUAUUAUGGGGCAACUAGAAACUUAUGGAAUUCAGAUGUAUUAACAAGAUAUUACUGUAACAGCGUUCCUAAAGAAAAGAACACAGAGCAUACUACUGAUCAGAACUCGUGGCAUAUAGCAGGUGGAAGUAGCGGUGGCUCUGCCGUGGCUGUUACCACUGGAAGUUGUUACGCAGCAUUAGGUUCAGACACCGGCGGUUCAACUAGAAAUCCAGCGUCUUAUUGUGGUAUCAUCGGACUGAAAUCCACUUACGGUUUGCUGUCUCGAUACGGACUUAUCCCCCUCGUAAAUUCCAUGGAUGUGCCCGGUAUUCUAGCUAGAAAAGUCGACGACGCAGUACUGGUUCUAAAUGCUAUAGCUGGUCCAGACCGGGCAGAUUCGACCUGCAGUCAAAAAGAAUACGUACCCAUUGAUCUACCGGACUCGAUAGACAUCGGCAACCUCAGAAUCGGAAUACCAAAGGAAUACAAGGUCAGGCACAUAAGCCCCGACGUUCAAGAAUGCUGGGACGAAGUUGCUCAGUACUUGAAAGAAGCCGGAGCAUCUGUUUCUGUGGUGUCAAUGCCGCAUACAAGCUACUCUAUAGCCUGUUAUUCAGUGUUGAAUCGUUGCGACGUCGCCAGCAAUUUAUCUUGUUACGACGGCAUGGAGUACGGCUACAGAGCGGACGAAUGGAAUUCCGUUAACGCUUCUUACGCAAGAACGAGGACCGAGGGUUUCGGCGACGUGGUGAAGGAGCGUAUCCUGGUGGGAAAUUACUUUCUGUUGGAACAAAACUACGACGAGUAUUACGUGAAAGCGAUGAAGAUGAGACGACUGAUCGCCAACGAUUUCGACGCAGCGUGGAACAACAAUGUGGACCUUCUACUCACCCCCACCACACUAACAGAGGCACCGAAUUACGACGAGUUUAUUUCAUUGGAUAAUCAGACCCAAUGUUUGAUUCAAGAUUAUUGUACCCAGCCCGCUAAUAUGGCGGGAAUACCGGCGGUCAAUGUGCCAAUUAAACUUUCGAAAAGUGGUCUACCUUUGUCCCUGCAGCUUAUGGCUCCCUCUUUCCACGAGGAGAGACUCCUUAAAGUUGCGAAGUGGAUCGAACAAAGGGUAAACUUCCCGAAACUUCAACUGAAGGAGACAUCUUUGGACGAAUAAAGUGCUUCUUUUCUUUUUUCUACGUCAAUCUUGAUCCUUCAUUCGUGCAUAUUUUCCACGGUAAAAAUUCGAGGAUUUUCAUGAAAAAUCAUAUUUUAAGCGAAUAUAUAUAUAUAUGGUCGUUUGUCCAUGGGCGAAAUUGGAAUUUAAAUAGAUGCUAUACAUGUGUACGCUCGCGCGGUUAUUGUAUCAUCGUGAGAUACAAAUUAUUGUGCUCCUACGAGCUAUCGGCCGUAUCUGAAAUUCUAUUCAUCGAGUAAUCAGGUCGCGUUUGCUUGCCACGAUGGAGGACCCUUCUGUUAUUGCAUCGCAAUGUACCGUGGCUCUACGAAUGAAUGCCGGGGGCCCCGAUAUACGCAACUGUAAAUUACUUGACACCGGUACCAUCGCGAGUAUGAAAAGGGUGUAGAGAAUUUAUGUUAAAGUGGACAGCAUCGUAAUUGAAGCCCCCGCGGAAAGCUGGAACACUGAAUUUCGUGCUUUCUCUUUGGCCGCGAACGAUGGUAUGUAUGUACAUUCAUGAAUCUCGUAUUAAAAUACGGCGGUGCGCUCGUAUUACGGCCGUAAUAUCUCGACGCAUGGAGAUUUUUCACUUUGAAAGCGGGCUUAGAACGACCGGGUCGAAAACUGUCGGGAAUAGAAAUAGCUAUUUUAGGGCUGUUUAGGGAUUGCGCGGGUCCUUUGUUAGAGGAGUUUCGUUCGCCAACCCUCGCCAACGUAUGAAAUUCCUCUUUGUCAAUAGAAUCUCGUUGCGAGUUUCAUAUGUUUAAACAAUUCCUAAACAAGAGUUUCCGUAUCGGUUGUUCGAAAAUUAUAUCCUUUAGAAUUCCGCUGGAACGUUGCGUUGUUCCAGAUUACAAUCGAACGAACCUACAAUUAAUCCCUUCCGAGCCGACUAACCGCAGCUUUUCGUUGGAGAAUCGAAAUCGUCCACCCUUUGCGCGCGGAAUAAUCGUGAAAUUCGCGAAGCCUCCACGAUAUUCGCAGGUUGCUACGAUCGUAGAUUUUUCCUAUCCGCGAAGUAUUGCACGCGAAUUUACCGAACGGCGAGCGUUCUGCCGCGAUGUUCUGACAUUUCGAAGUCUAUUGUCCCCAAGAGGCUCGGAGGGAUCGACUGACAAACAAACAGCAUUGUGCGCGUUUCGCGUACCCACCGCCCAUUGAAGUUCCCUCAAUAAUUAGAUCGUUGUGACAUUUCAGUCGAUUUUCCCUGUGCACGUAACAAACGGCUGACAUUUUGAUCAGUUCUUCACGCGGACGAAUUCGAAAUUCGCGGAGUUAAAAAGCACCGGGGAAAUAAUGCUAAUGAAAUGCGGCGCGCGUUGAACCGAAUUCCUAAAUUUUACCCAAAAUGUGAAAAUUCGUUCCGCGAGGUGUAAGAAUUCCCCGGUCGUUUGAAACGUCGACGUUGUCCUCGAGUUCUCUUAAUUGGAAAAUGUGAAAUGCGAGCUGUGAUCGCCGGGCUGUGCGAGCUUUUACGCGAAAUAAAAAUUGCCUUCUCCGAUUGCAAAGUGUGGAAAUUAUUUAUUUGAUUCCUCGGCGAUUUUAAUUAGUUGAGAUUAAUGGAAGAGGAUUUCGGAGCUCUUGAAAUAUUUUCACUGUUUCGCGUUUCAUCUAGUCGUUAACUCAUAAUAUCUGCGGUCUGUUAAUUGUCAUUUCAUUUUAUCCGCAGUCGCUUUACUGCAUCCUUUGAGCGUGGUCAUUAAAAGAUAAUCUCCUACACAGCGGCGUAGUAGGGAAGAGUCGUUCAAGGGUUGUUUUGUCAUCCUAUUAUUAGAAGUAUUAAAACGGUUGUGUCUAUCAGAAUCGCGGAACGAACUAUGUUAUAAAAAUCAUCGAUUUUUACGCACUUGUUGCAUCUGGCGAUCCGCCAAACAUCUCUCCAAUUUGUAUUUCUAGAAAAUAGCUCUUCUACGAUGUAUUAACAAACGAACGUGAAGUAUCGUAUUAUAUAUCGUAAUUAUACAUACAUAAAACGUACUCAAAGGA